AUGCAGUUGGAGUGUAGCGGCGAUUUUUGGGAAAUACAAAAUAUAUUUGAUCUGGAGCUUACUACCGAAAAGUGUAAGGUACACCAUAUUUGGAGCGUUCUGAAGAAGCAUCGCGAAGCUGCUCGCGAGGAUCCCAUAAAACGCUAUUUAUUUUUCCUGGAUGAGCCGCCAAUGUUCCGCUGUUCUGAGGAGACGGAUUGCCCGAGGGCGGGUUACCCAACUGAUGUGCCGGAAGAACUGCAACAGCAAUAUCACCCAUGCAUCAGUCCUGAGAAGCUGGCAUUCUUGAAAGCCUAUUCGGCGAUGAACCGAGCGAUCCGUUACUAUUUGAUGCUGGAUUAUCCGAGCAGCCGAAAUCGCCCGCUAAUCUUUCUGCUUGAUGGCCUGCUGAAGGAGGUUACAGACGGCAAGCUGGAUGAUAUCGCAUUCAAUUGCCUGACGGCGACUACAACCCGCGAACACCGUCGCAAAUCCGUCGUCAAUGCGAAGAAAUUUAAAAACCGUCCCGGCGAUGUUGUGCCGGGCUAUCUCAUCCAAGCGCCAACGGAUAAUUACACUACGCUUUGGGAACUUCGCUUGGGUACAACGCUCGUACACGAAGACCUCGACUUGGACUUGACAGGU